AUGAUCAUAACUCAUGGGGCUGAGACCGUUGACACCACCAAUCUCGGCCGUCAUGACGGCCGCAAAAGUCGCAUUCAUGUGCUCCUGCAGAUCCUUGACGGCGUCCAGGAUUGCCAAUACGGGGAUGGCCAUGGCCGCUACUGGUACAGCAAGCAUGUCAUCGGGCAGAUUGUCAACGUCGACGAUGCAGAAGACGGCCUAAGACAACCCUGCUGCUGUUCAUGGAACCACCGCCCAGGCCGACGCUCUCGACCUGUGGCAGAGCAAAGUCGACCUGACGCCGCCAAUUUCAGCGACGGAGCCGGCCAGGCGGGGGAAGCCGCUGGGAAGGAGAACGCCAACGCCGGGUGUGGUACCACCAAUGUCGACAACGAAUUGCCCCGGGCGGAGCUUCUGAUUUUCUGUAAUGAAAGCCAAGUCUGGCCGCCUGACUACGGACUCUAG